CAAAUGGCGAUUACUAGAUAAAACGAACAGUUUUCGCAUCAUUCACCACGAUGUCAGGUCAGAGUGGAGGGCAUCGUUUACGGUUGUCCAAACUCAACGAUCAACUGACGUGCAAAUUAUGCGGUGGAUAUUUCAUUGAUGCCACUACUAUUAUAGAGUGCUUGCAUUCGUUUUGCAGGAGCUGUAUCGUCAAGUAUCUGGAGAACAAUAAGUAUUGUCCAAUAUGUGAGGUACAGGUGCACAAAAGUAAACCACUACUCAACAUUCGUCCAGACCACACUUUGCAGGACAUUGUGUAUAAAUUGGUACCUGGAUGUUACCAAAAUGAAAUGCGAUGUAGGAAAGAGUUUUAUUCUAAACAUCCUGAAGCAUGCACUCAAGCAACAUCUCCAGAAGCAAAAGGAGAACCAACUGAAUCACAUAUAUAUUCUCCAGAUGAAUCUCUUAGUUUAUCAUUAGAAUACUUUAGUCCAUCCAAGGAUAUCCAAGGAAUAGCUAUAAAACCUUUGUUAAGGCGAUAUCUUCGUUGCCCUGCUGCAGUAACUAUUUUUCAUUUACAAAAGCUUAUACGAGCUAAGUAUGGAUUAACUGAUUCACACAGGGUAGACGUAAUGUAUAAAGAGGAACCACUGUGCAGUAGUUAUACAUUGAUGGAUGUGAUGUACAUUUAUCAUUGGAGGCGAAAAGUGCCAUUGCAUUUAAGUUACAGAAUAUUUGAAUCUUCCCCAAAACGAAUAAAACUUUCAGAGGACAAUGUCAAUUACAAAACAUCUUUGCUUCAUGCUGGAAUUGAUUCCAUUGAAUCAGAAGAAGAAAACCCAACAAAAAGGGAAUGGAAAGAAGUUCAGUUAAAAAUUUCUGAAACUGGUAUAAUGAGUAUUACAGGUAUAUCGGACCAACAAUUUAAGAAAACUGCAAGAGUUGAAGAACCUAUUACUAGUGUUGAAACAAUAAGUACAUCAAUGAUUGAGGAAAAUUCUAAUAGGAACAACAUAUCUGAAAUUACUAAAGAAAAUGAACAAUCUCCAGAUGAACAACUUGCUGGUGAUUGUGAUGUAUCUCCAAAAUUAAACGAAUUGGAUGAUAAGAAAAAUUUUAAUCAAACAGAAACUGUAAAGAUUUCAACAAAAGAAAUAGCAAGUGCGGUAAAUUCACAACAUGCGGAAGAACCGAAAAAUCGAUCGGAUAAUAACAAUAUUGAAGAUAAAACAAUUUUACAAAAAAGUAUUCAACUGCAAGAAAUAGCACUAGCUGUGAAUAAAAAUGAAAUUAAAAAUAAUAACAUUGAAAGUAAAGAUCAAAAAGAGUCAUCAAAAAAUAAUAAUAAUAAUAUUAUAAUUACAGAAAAUAAAGUGGAAACUCCUAAGCAGAAUUCAAGAAAUGAAGUAAAAUUUGCAAAUACGGGAUCAAAAAUCAAUGCUUUAAGUGUAAAAUUGCAAUUUCAACCGAGAAGUGGACAAAUUAGCAGUAGUAAUGCCUCUUCAAAGAAGACUAUAAAAGAUAAAAAGAUUGUACCACAAUCAUCUAAAAAGGUAGAUAUAAAAGUUGUUGAGAGUUCAAAAUCUACAGAAACAAAAAAUUCUUUUGAUACUUCGAAGGUACAAAUUAUAACGAAUAAUUGUGGAAUUACAAUAAGUAAAUCAUUAGUUCCAUUCUCUACAAAAAUGAUAUCACAAAAAUCAACGUCUGAAUUGAAGGAUAGUGCAGAACCUGUUUUAUCCACGUACCCAGCCACCUCAAUUAAUUCUGAAUUAAAAGAUAUAGAAACUAACAUAAAAAAUGUGCAAUCAGUUGAUCAGGAUGGAUGCUCUCUUCAGGAAGUACUGCAAAGUACGGCAGAGAAAGAAACAUAUAUAUUAGAUCAAACUCCAGCAGAAUCCCCUCAAAGAACAAAUGGACAAGCAAAUAUAUUUUCUCAAAAAUCACCAUUCCCACAGAUCGAACCAUUGACAAAUGAGAAUCUCGCAUCUCUUAAUCUUUCGACAUCUGUUUCUUUGUCUAUUGGUAACGGAAUCAAUUCAACUUCUACAUCAACAAUAAGUCAAUCUACUUCUACAUUUCCCUAUAUGGUUCAGGAUUUGGUAAACAGUACAAUGCUAAAAAAUUCUCUCAAGUGUUUGACAACAUCAGGGACUCAAAAAUUAUCUGCUACUGCGGUUUCUGGAAAGGAUUUUCCCACAUCCUCAGUAUCAGAACAUCCUACAGCAUUUACUAUACCUUCCAUGAAUGUUCCUUCUUCAAAAAGUAAUUAUCCAAAUUCAAAUAUAAGUGUUUCAAAAGAGUCAUCUUUAAAAGCAAACUUGGAAAUAACUAGUACAUAUUCAGUGCCUCCUUGUCCUGAUGCUAUUCCAAUUUCCUUAAUGAAACCAACAAUUCGUAAAAAUGAAUUGAUUACAAAGGGUUCUAAUGUAAAUGAUAUUUGUGCAAAAAUCGGAGCCUCCGGUUCAAAAAUUAAUGAUAUAUGUGCUAAAAUUGGAGAAAAUUCCAAAGAGAAGAGCAAAACAGAAGUAAGAAGUAAAUCUGAUAUUCCAGAUUUAUUAAAAAUUGGGAGAAAAAAUGGUUCGUCAUCAAUUACGAUUGAUUCUACCAAUAAACAACAACAACAUGGAAAUAUUCCAAAUGUGCCCAUUUAUGCAUCUAAUAGCAACGCGGUUACAACAGAAAGUAAAAAUGUUUAUUCAAAUGUAAAGGAUAGUCUUAGAGCUACUUCACUAAUAACUACUUCUCCAAUGGCAACGUCGCAGUCAUUACAAAAGGUUCCUUCUGUUUCUAAAAAACAAAGUCAAGCAGUGGGUUACAAGACUCUGCGUGAUCCUCCAAAAUGCUGGAAUCCUACGCUUUCUAGGAACAACUAUGUAGCAGUUAAAAAUCAAAGCAAAGAGGCACAAAGCCAAUUACAUCAAACUACAUUUUUUGAAAGAAGCAAAACAAUUCAAUCUAAACCAGCUAAAAUUUUUAAAAUGAGAAAUAUGCCAAGAUAUUUAGGUAAUCCUGCCUCUGGAGUGAAACCAAUGUAUGGAAUUGGUAAUGAAUGUAAAGAAAAAGAACAGUCGACAAUGACAUCAACAACGACAACAAACACAUCUAGCACUUCCAAAAAUGGGAAUUUGAGUAUGAUGAAGAUAGAUCCUAAAACUCUAUCUCCUAUUGUCUCAACAAUUAAUUCACCCAUUGUUUCACCACCUCCUUAUUCUCCUAGUGCAAGAAACUAUCCAAAUCCUCCAUUUUCAAGAGAUAUUUGUAGAAGUGCUGGAUCACCAAUAUCUCCAAAAAAUUCUCCAGUAAAUAUACUUUCAACAAGUCCAUUUAUACCUUCUCCAACGCCAAAUAUGAAUCCUAGAUUAAUUUAUCCUCAUUUUCGACCACCAUUUCCUGAUGCCACCAGAUUUCCAAAUCCCUUGAUACGUUCACCAAUAGGAAUUUCAUCUCCUAGUGCCUUUCAUAGUAGUUUACCACCUUCAAUUAAUAAAUUAUAUCAACGGUCUAGUUAUAUUCCACAAACGACUGGUUUUUCUCCAGUUUCACAACCCCCAACAGUGCAGAGAAUACCACCAAGCACUUAUUCUUCACCUAAAUCACCUAAAGCUACCUCUCUAACUGCAAUUUCACCUGCAUCUUUCAAUUUGGUCAAACCUGAAACACAAACGAUUGCAACAACAUCUCUUGAGACUAAUAACCUGCUUCUUUCAGAAAAUACAUCACAGGAAGAUGUCAGUGCAUUUAAUUUGUCUAAGACUGGAAGUUUUUGUAAUGCAGAGGCUAUUAAGGUAUCAACAGAAACAAUUCGAAAUUCUAAAUCGACUUCACUUUCUCCCACCUCAAGUAUUCCCCAGAGUAAAAAUACGUUAAUUAUUACUUCAAAGACUAAGUUAGAAAAUUCUCCACCGGGUAUUAGAGAUCAGGAUCAAAAUAAAGAGCAAUUGGAAAAAAAAACUGUUAGAUGUAAAGAGCAAAACUUAUAUGUUUCAAAAGGACAAAAUUUUGAGAAAAAUCGAUCUGAUGAAAAUAGUGACAGUGUAAAUAAUAAAAAGAAAGAGAAAUCAGCUUGUCAAGUUAAUGGAGGCCUCACGAGUGGAAGCAAAGAAGAAACAACAGAAAAGAUUAUAGAAGAACACAGAGAACAGAAUGAAACAAAAGCAGUGCAAAUUUCAGAAAAAAUUGUUGAAAAACAGGAGAUAAAAGAAUCUAAAACUGAGGAAUGUGAAAGAACUGAAGAAGGGAAUAAAUCUGAGACUCAAAAUAACAAAACAGAAACAUAA